CUCAGGCGUGGUGGAGAGUUAAUCCAGCGCAGUGCUUAGUCUCAUGGUGUCAAGCCUUUAGCCUUUUCAUGUCUUGUCAUAAAGUUUGGAUCAGCUCCAUGGUGACCUGUGCUAGCUGCAGUGUCUUUCCACCAGCUGAUGAAGUUGGGUUUAAUUCUUUUUUCAUGGCUUAGGAGAAGACUGACGUGGAGGGAACGCUGUUUGUUUACACAAGAUCAGCUUCUCCAAGGCAUGGUUUCACAAUUAUGAACAGACUGAGCAUGGAAAAUCGAACAGAACCUAUUACUAAAGACCUCGAUUUCCAGCUGCAGGACCCUUUUCUACUGUACAGAAAUGCCAGAUUGUCCAUAUAUGGGAUUUGGUUUUAUGAUAAGGAAGAAUGCCAAAGAAUUGCAGAGCUCAUGAAAAACCUAACUCAGCAGGAACAAUUCAAAGCACAGCAGGGCACGGGAACAGGAGUGUCCCCAAUGAUCAUGAAUUCUUCUAAUAACAAAGAAGUGGAUAUCUUACGGAUGCUUACUAAGGCCAAAGAUGAGUAUACCAAGUGUAAGACCUGCUCAGAGCCAAAACAAAUAACUAGUUCCUCUGCAAUUUAUAACAACCCCAACCUAAUCAAACCAAUUCCAGUGAAGCCUAGUGAAAAUCAGCAUCAACGAAUAUCUCAGCAAAGCAAGAAUGUGGAUUCUGAACCACAGCACUUGUCUUUGACAGCACUGUUUGGAAAACAAGAAAAGCCAGAUGUCUCAGAACCACUUAAUAAACAGCACCAAGAGAAUCUUCCUGUUAGGCAGGGUGUGGUACGUUCCCUAUCCUAUGAAGAACCUAGCAGGCAUUCGCCCUCUGCAGAGAAACAGCUUUGCCCCGCCAUUCAGAAGCUUAUGGUGCGUGGGACAGACCUUCAUCCGCUUGCUGAGUUUCCUGAGAACCCACUCUGUGAAAAUGGCAAUAUCCACCCUGUGGGUGAGAGUUUCACAGGACUCUUCCAACCUGUGAAUUCUCAUGGUAUUGCAACAUCUCAUGUAGUUCAGGAUACUGCUGGCACUCAGAGCCUAUUACAGAAAUUACAGAGUCAGUCAGGGUCAGUGACUAAAAUGGACCCCGGUGCAACAGGAUCUGCGAACUCGACAGCUUCUGUGUUCAGCAGGACUCCUGCUGCUGUUGGAGCACCAGCAGCAACAGUAAAUAAUAUGAGCCAACCACCUUUGGUGUAUUUCAAUGGUUCCCUACCAGGCCAGACUUUAGAGUCUCAGACACUUGGUAAAGAACAGUCUAAACUUCCUAGACAGCCGCUUUCUCUCUCUGGCAAUCAAGCAGCCAAUUCUGGGGUGAUUUCACCUCAAGAGUUACUGAAGAAACUCCAGAUAGUGCAACAAGAACAACAGUUGCAUGUAUCCAGCAGACCAACCUUGGCAGCUAAGUUUCCUGUUGUUACCCAGAAUACCAAUACGCUGAAACCACUGGAAUCCUGGAUAGAAAAGGCACCAGGUACAGAAAAACAGAGCACUCUUCUUCAGGUAAUCUCACCACAACGCAUUCCUGCCACUGUGACUCCUACCUUGUUGAUGUCCCCAAUGGUGUUCACUCAGUCCACACCUGCUCCACCAAAAGCAAAUGAAAGUGGACGGUUAGCAGCCGCAAACCAAGAACCUGCUGCUAGCUCAGCUAGCCUUCUCCUGCCACUGCAAACCCCAGAGCCAUCUGUGGUCAACAGCAGCUCAAUGACAAAGUUGCAGCUCCAGGAAACGCUUCUACACCUGAUCCAGAAUGAUGACAACUUCUUAAAUAUUAUUUAUGAAGCAUAUCUCUUCAGUGUGAGAAAGGCGGCAAUUAAAAAGUCUCUGUGAAAGAUGAUUUUUAAAUUCAAUUACUAUUGCUUCCUGAACUCCAGGAAAAAGGUUUCAAAUUUUUCAAGUAUGUUUAUGUUUAAAGAAAUGAAUGGUCUUAGGUAUUUUACAUACACAUAGAUUUUGCUUGUUGGCAACUACAUGCUGUACUGAGAAAGAAGUGAGCAGAAACAGAUUGUGCCUUUAGGGAGCGGAGUGUCACGAUACUGAAGACUUAAUCACAAAAUAUUUAAAUUAUUUUUCUUAUAUUGGUCCAUACUUAGAAUCGGUUUCCCUGCAUAAGGAAUCAGUUUCAGAAUUCAGUUUCCUUUUUUACUUGCAGCGUGGUUAUUCAUUGACUAGGUAUUUGUCAUGGAUUUUCUCUGGGAGACGUCACAUGCAACUGUCCCGAUGAACGUGCCCAUCUCUGACCACAUGGUGGCAAUGUUGGACUGUUCUUAGGAACGUGAAAAUCUGGGUGAAAUCUUGGAAGGGAAAGUCUUGGUCAGGCUGAUCUAUCAUCGUACUUAGUUGUCUGCAAAGCAAUUCAGAAGAAAUGUCAUGACUUCCCCAAAAAUUUUGUAGAAAAAUCUUUUUCUAUUUUAACAAGAAUAUUUUUAGCUAGCUGUAGAAAUGGGACUCUGCAGGUGUUUUGAGGAGUUGGGGGGAGGGUUUGUUUGUGAAUGUACUCACUGUCAACAUAGCUCUGGGGUGGCACUGGAUUCAUGUUUCUAUUAUUCCAGAUCCAAUCUGCAUUAUUAUAAGCAAUGUACAACUUUGUUAAGGGGAAGGCUACUGGGUGUAAAAGUCCUAUUAAUUUUUAUUUUUAGUAUGUUCCUGGAGCACAGCGAUUUCAUUGGUCCAUUUCUAAAGAAAAUAAAAUGGAUAAUCGCUAGUAUGUGCUGAUUUCAUUUUAUUGUACCAUGGGCUAUGUAUUUAGAAUUGUUGGGUCACUUGUAUUUGUAUGACUUUAAAAUGUUUUUACACUUGGCGGAAGACACAUGAGGUUUUAAAUCAAUUAGAAUAAAUGACUGAAAGGAAUUUUAUGUAUAUUUUUAUUAGCAUCUGCUGCUGAAGUGCUAGUUUACUACAGUUUAGGAACCCAAAGUUAUUGCUGAGGAGGCAUUUCUUUUGUGAGUGCAGAGAAUCCAAUCUGUAAUCCAUAAAGGAGUAUACAAUAUUCUUUACUAUGGGCAUUGACGUAGGUACAACUCAGUAGCCUCAUCUGUGAAAGUUCUUCAGUGUAAAUUAGGGUGCACUUUUAAAGUAGUAUAGUCGUAAUGAUUUCAACAGUUCCCCCAACCCCCCAUACAUCUGGCUUUCUCUAGUGGAAGAGUGUGAUUUUGGGGGGCAAGUGGAUUUGCUCACAUUCCUUGGGAAAGGCUCUAAAUCAAUAUUUAAAAAAAAAAAGUCAAGAGCUACUUUCUUUAUACACAACUGAAUAACCCCAAGAGACUUGUGCCUACAAAACUGCUAGACUUUUCCUACACUAAGUAGCUCGUAGAAAGCAAGUUGUAUUCUAGUUCCAUUUUGUUACAAAAUUGUUUAUGAUUCUUGCAGAUUCAGUGAGAAGAACAUGUUGAGCAGAUACCAGGAAGGGCAGACUUUAAAGAUAGCAAAUCCGAAUUCUAAUCCUGUGGCUGUAAUAAUUUAUGUAGCCAUUAAAAUUUAUGGGAUUCUACUGAGUUAAUUGGUAUUAUUUCUGAAUGAACUGGUGUGGAAGAAAUUGGAAUCUACACAAAAGAGUUUGUAUGAAACUAAAUACAUGCAUAGUUGGUGUCUGUGAUGCUGGGUUAUCUGAGAGUGCAAUUUAAAGAUGAUGGGGACACAUAGUUAAGACCUCAUUUGACAUGUAGAACUUCUGUAAUUGGUGGGUAGAAAUAAUCCUUAAGCAUCUCAAGCUGUGUUUGUGAUAGGUUUUUUAGUCAUGGGGGAAACAUUUUUAUUUACAAAA